AUGCUCGCCCGAUCUGCUCUCAUCGCUAUUGCGGCUUCCACUUCUUAUGCGGCGGCAGGCUGUACCACCCAACUCGCCUCUCUAGCUCUAGGUGAUCUAGGAUCAUGUCUUCAGUUAACAAGCUUGUUACCAGUCUUGAGCGGUAGUUCCAACGACUCGAUAACAUCCACCAUCAACACCUACCUCGGUUCGCUCUGUUCAUCCUCCACACCAACAUGUGAUAAUUCAACUUUGACCUCUGCUCAAUCGUCCGUCAAUUCAGCUUGUUCAUCUGACUAUUCGGCUGGCGGAACAGACGCAGUUGAGAUCCAAGGGCUCGUAGGGUUGUUGGGUAAUUACAAUGAAAUCUACGCGGCGGGAUGUUCAAAGAAUUCUACGACCGACACUUACUGUGUAACCGACGCUUUGACAACCGUUCAAAAUGCUACUGGACAAUCCAUUACUGUCAAUUACCUUACUUCCAUCUUAUCAGGUGAUAGUUCAACUUUAUCAGGUUUGGAAUCUGUUUUGUCCUCUGGAUCACUCUGUACAGGUUGUGUAUCGGGUAUCUACUACGAAGCCAAACAGGCUAAUUCUUCAAUCGGCGACACAUCGUUCGGCCAGGCUUUGACCCAACAGUGCGGUUCUACAUUCGGUACCACUGCACCAAAUACCACUUCCACCUCAACUACGUCCUCUUCUUCAGCAGCUUCCAGCGGAUCAUCCUCAGCGGGUGAGAUGUCGAUUCCGUACGCUACGUUCGGUGUGGUCGGUACUAUGCUUGGUGCUGUUGUAGUUGGUGCAGCUGCUGUACUUUAG